UACAAAGUAGAAUAAAUACUAAACAAAUCCAUGGAUUUUUGUAACGAUGAACCUGAAAAAAAUAGCAAAGACAUGGAUGUGCACUCAAAACAGCUGCUGCUAAUGGUGGUCGCUGUCAUUUAUACAAAAGUUGCGACUCAACCGGUGUCACUACCAAAUUGUCCAACAAAGUGUGGCAAUGUCACUAUUCCCUUCCCAUUUGGAACCACCAAUAAUUGUUCUCUAGACAACACCUUUCUCAUUGAUUGCAACAAAACAUCUUCAACCUCAACAGACGUACCAUUCUUGCCACAGACUAAUCAAAGUGUUCUAAACAUCUCACUCGACGGUGAACUGCGUGCUGCAUGGCCAGUAGCAAGUGAUUGCUAUUCAGAAAAUGGUACAAAAUUGAGCCAAAUAAUUCAGGAUAUCAACAUGACACAUUUUCACAUCUCGCCAACUAAAAACAAGUUGAUAGCAGUUGGUUGUGACACGGUGGGAGUAUUAGAAGCAGCUGAUUCUGGGCGAAAAACCUACGCCACAGGAUGUGUUGCUUACUGCAACAAUCGUACUGAUAUUGUCGCCAAUCAACCUUGCUCUGGUAUUGGUUGCUGUGAGAUUCAAUUACCCCAAGUUCACAUGUUAACGCGAGUGCUCUAUGGUUCUUAUGGAGGCAUAUUUUACAAUCAAAGUCACUCAAAAGUACAUGACUUCAAUCCAUGUGGCUAUGCUUUUUUGAUUGAAAAUGGAUCCUACAGCUUAACACGAUCAGACCUCCUCAAGUUGAAGAAUAAGGAGUUUCCUGUGUUGUUGAACUGGACAGUAGGAAACCAAACAUGCCUGCAAGCUCAGAAGAAUCUUUUCAAUUAUGCAUGUAAGGCCGAGAAAAGUACAUGUUACGAUCCAGGAACCAACAAAUCUGGUUACCUUUGCAGAUGCUUUGGUGGAUAUCGGGGAAAUCCUUACCUCAUUAAUGGUUGCGAAGAAUAUAAUGAAUGCUUGGAGCACAAUGAUUGUGUUGAGGAGGCAACAUGCAUCGAUCUUCCUGGGAGCUACCAUUGUUUAUGCCCAGAAGGAUAUGAGGGAGACGGGAAAAAUAAUGGAACAGGAUGCAGUCCAAAAUCCAGUACCAAAUCAAGGAAAGAUAUCAUGUUAACUAUCGCAUUGAGUGUCAGUGCAAGCCUCGUAGCACUGCUGAUUGGAAGCUUUUAUGCAUAUUUGGCAUUCAAGAAAAGAAAGUUCAUUAAACUUCAAGAACAUUUUUUUCAACAAAAUGGUGGCUUACUGUUACAACAACAGAUAGGGAGGCACGGAGGUUCAACUGAAAUAGCUAAAGUCUUCAAAGUUGAGGAGCUAAAAGAAGCAACCAACAACUUCGAUCAAGGCAAGAUCCUAGGCCAAGGUGGUCAAGGAAUUGUUUACAAAGGAGUUUUACAAAAUAACAGAAUUGUAGCAAUAAAAAAGUCCAAAAUAAGUGACCCGAACCAGGUUGAGUCGUUCAUCAAUGAAGUGGUCGUACUUUCCCAAAUCAACCAUAGAAAUGUGGUAAAGAUCUUGGGCUGUUGUUUAGAGACAGAAGUUCCCUUAGUUGUGUAUGAAUUUAUUCCCAAUGGUACUGUUUAUGAGCAUCUUCAUGACGAAACCCAAUCUAUAAAGCUUACAUGGAAAACAAGGUUAAGAAUUUCAAAAGAAAUAGCCGGUGUCCUGGCAUACUUACACUCUGCUGCUUCGACACCAAUCAUACAUAGAGAUGUGAAAUCUUCAAAUAUACUCCUAGAUCACAAUCUCACUGCAAAGGUUUCUGACUUUGGAGCUUCAAGGAUUGUUCCUCUUGAUCAUAGUCAAAUAAACACUCUAGUUCAGGGAACAUUGGGGUAUCUUGACCCAGAAUACUUCCACACAAGCCAAUUAACAGAGAAGAGUGAUGUUUAUAGUUUUGGAGUAGUCCUAGCAGAGCUACUGACAGGAAAGAAAGCGCUAUCUUUUGGGAGGCCUGAGGUUGAUAGAAACCUUGCCGCAUACUUUGUUUCUUCGAUGAAACAGGGUCGGUUACUUCAUAUUUUGGACAAAAAUAUAGAUGAGGCAAAUAUUGAGCAACUAAAAGAGGUUGCCCAUAUUGCAGAACGGUGUUUAAGGGUGAAGGGCGAGGACAGACCAACCAUGAAAGAAGUGGCAAUGGAACUUGAGGGAAUAUUAGUUGUUGAAGAGCGACGUUGGGGAAGCGACAAUUUAUCUUCAGAAGAGGCUGAAAACUUGCUUAAAACAGCACGGUCUAUUAAAAACAUUGAAGAUGUCGUUGGUGGAAGUGGCAUUAAUUCUUAUGAAUCCUAUAGCUUAAACCAGAUUUCGAUGUCAUUGAUUGGUGGAAGAUGAUUAGUUGAUAUUAAUAUUCAGGAUUAGAUGUUAAUAUAUCUUCAGUAUAAUAGUGUUGUCGUAUAUGUUGUAUUUCCCCCUGUAUUAGUCCAUUGGACAUGAUAUUUAUAUUUGUCUCGAUGUAAAUAUGGGAUUUCCAAGUGAACUUGUGUUA